CUGUCAUAAGAGCGGGAGCUUGACUCUGAGUGGUUGAGGGGCUGCAGACGUCGUGUUCGGGCAGAGAGGGGUUAACGCGUUAAACAACACCCCCCCUUACACAAACAGAGCGGUGGCCUCCGCUCGGGCUGCGCCGUCAGUGAGGCAGCCUGCUCCAGUUGGUGUGCGGCGGCAGCGGCGCUGAGAAGCAGCGGUCACCGUGAGACGGACGCGGCGGAGCGGACAAAGUGUUCAGCCUGGCUCGUUUCUUUCUGUCCUUCCCUUCGUCUCCGCUGCGGCUUCCACACUGGACAGCCGAGGAUGUACAGGACGAUAAGGAGCCGCAGGGGUCAGCGAGCCGGAUCGAUGCUCCUGUCGGUGAUAAAGUAGACACGACGAGAGCGGCGUCCACUUCGCAUGAACCCCGGACCCAGGACUCGGCCCGGCUUCUCGGCCGCCUCCAAAGACUGAGGAUGAGGAAGCCUAAAGUCAUUCGCAUGGUCUUUGCCUUGAGCCUGGGAUGUUUCAUCAUGGUCAUCCUCUACUUCAACAGCAGCCUGAAGCCAGCCUCGGAGUCAGUCGAUGAUAGAAGCAGUGGGCAGAAGUCGAGAAGGAGUCCUCUACAGACGCUUUAUGAUGGUGACCAGGUUGAGUCACCAGUCCAGGCAAUCCACCAGGGCAGACGGGAGGUGUUAGAAGACGCCUGUCGCUCCUACACCCGCAAACGCAGAGUCCUCAUCCCCGAAGACCUUAAACAUGUCAUUGUGGACGACCAGCAUGGCUUGCUGUACUGCUACGUGCCCAAAGUGGCCUGCACCAACUGGAAGCGGGUGCUCAUGGUUCUGACUGGCGUCGCCGGAUCCCUCAGAGACCCGCUGGCGAUCCCCGCUAACGAGGCCCAUGUCGCGGGAAACCUCCGCACUCUAUCGGAGUACUCCACCUCCCAGAUCAACCAGCGCCUGCGCUCCUACCUGAAGUUCAUCUUCGUGCGGGAGCCCUUUGAGCGGCUGGUCUCCGCGUACCGCAACAAAUUCACAAGAAGUUACAACACGGCUUUUCAUAAACGAUACGGCACAAAAAUAGUGCGGCGGCACAGACCGGACCCCCAGCCGGAGGCUCUGGAGAGAGGAAACGAUGUCUCCUUUGACGAGUUUGUUUAUUACCUUGUGGACCCGGCCACCCAGCGAGAGGAGCCCUUCAACGAGCACUGGGAGCGGGUGCACUCGUUGUGCCACCCUUGCCUCAUCCACUACGAUGUGGUGGGUAAAUACGAGACGCUGGAGCAGGACUCCCGCUACGUGCUACAGCUGGCCGGGGUGGAGGACCAGGUCAGCUUCCCCACCUCGUCCAAGAGCACCAGAACUACAGGAGACAUGGCGGCUGAGUUCUUCCAAAACAUCAGCCCCUUCUACCAGAAGAAGCUGUACAACCUCUACCGAAUGGACUUCCUGCUCUUCAACUACUCUAUACCAGCCUACCUCAAGUUCAGAUGAGGCUGGGACGUCACUCAGCUGUGGACUCGACUUGAAUUUGUGGAGCCUGGACUCUGUUAAAUGUGCAGUCUGUUUUUGAGAUCUCUUUUUAAGGCCUUGCACACAGACUGCACGUGUGGUUGAAAAUUAACUAAAAUUAAAAGAAAUGGUAUGAUCCAUUCAUCGGGCUGAAGAACUUGUGUGCACAGAGCACCCAUGUAGAAGAGGACAUUUCAUUGCAAGAAGUUGUUGCCUGAAGAAGGUUCUAUGAUAUUUUAUCGUCAACAGUGAUCCAGUGGAUCUCAGUCACUGCCUUUCAAUGUGUGAAAUGCCAUUCAACUUUUGGUUUCAUUUCAGUUGUUGUCUGCUGUUUCAAAAGUGUAAUUUGCACAACAGAUGUAAUCUCUACAAGGUGCCACAGCACAAUUUAAGUAUUAAAAUCUUAUUUAGCGGGCGAAUGUCUCCAAAUGUACGUGCCUUUGAACACGGGCCUUUAUUUCACCCCUGCAGACAACUUUUGUAACUGUGACUUUUUUUUUGUGCUGUAGGAAGAGAUUUUUGUGUAACUAUGACAUUGUCUUAAUUUAUUGUGUUAUUUUUGGCUCUUCGAAGUCAGACAAACCAAAAUAGAUCUAGCUUCUCUCAUCAUUUUUAAAUAAAUGCAUUUCAGCAAGAAUGUGUUCA